AUGCAGUCGCCGAGCUACUCCUCCUUCUACGUGAAGAUGCGCCAGGCGUACGCCGCGGCGGGGCCGCAGCGGCGGCCGGAGGCGAUGAGGCCCCCAACGCCCGCAGAGAUGACGACGACGCCGUCGCCCGCGUGCCGUGCGCCGGCCGCGGAGGGGCGCUACGACGCGGGCGCAAUCGCGGGGAUUGAAAGGAAGCUGGCGGCGGUCCGGGGGCAAAGCGGCACGCCGCUCUACCGCUGCAGCAAUGACCAGCGCGACGAGCAGGAGCGACUGCGACGCCAAGGCGGGGAACAGCAGCGGCAGCGGGGCGCAUCUUCUGCCUCUCCUCCCGUAGUGUACUCGGGCCACGACGGUGACCCCGCAACAAAGGGGUUAUGCGCCACGGUGGAGCAAGAGGUGGAAUUGGUGACUCCUGUGCUCUCGCCCCCGUCCUCGCGCUCCCCUAACGAGAACGGCCCACCUACGAAUCAGCCGUCACUCUCUCUGCCGUCUGCUGUUCCAGCCAGGAAGGAGCCGGAUGACGAUGAUAGGCUGACCCCGCAGGAGAUGUCCAUACUGCGUGUCGUCGAGUUUGCCGUUCCUGUCGUCGUGCACGCGCAGCUGGAGCCCGGGGCCAGUCUCGUGGAGGUGUGCGAGGAGGCGACAGUGAAGCUCUUUCCCUCCCAUUUGGUCCUCAUUCGACCGGACGGCGUCGCGGCCGUCGAGUUGGUUAUCGGGGAGCUCUACGAGCUGAACGAAGACGAGGGCGCAUCUGCGCUGGACUGCAUUGUGCAGGCACGGGGCACGACGCGGCGGCAACUUAUUCGGCUCACCUGCACCGACGCGAUAGCACGCGGCGCACUUUUCAAGCUCUUGUGUGCGAGGCGAACUCAGUUGGAGGAGGGCGCUGAGUGGCUGGAGAAGAACACCUCUGGGGCCGUUAGCAGAGGCUGA